UUAUUAUUAUUAUUAUUAUUAUUAUUAUUAUUAUUAUUAUUAUUAUUAUGGUGUAAUUCAGCUUCUGAAUGUAAAGGGAUCUAUGAUACUAUAUUAUUGUUAUUAUUAUUGUUAUUAUUAUGGUUGAAUCCCCCUCCUGAGUGUAUUAUUAUUAUUAUAAAUUGCUCAUGCUCUCUGUAUACAGCAAGGGAAUCCUUUCGCGCAUGCUCUGUAUGGGUAUAUAGCAAAGGAAGCCUGCGCAUGCGCUGUGUAUAUAACAGAGAAAGUCUCUGCGCAUGCGCUUUGUCUAUAGCUCUGGAAGCCAAUUGCUCUGUAUAGCGGGGAAAGCCUUUGGCGCAUGCUCUGUAUGUGUAUCGGGCAAAGGAAGCGUUUUGCGCAUGCUCUGUAUGUGUAGCUCGCAAAGGAAGCCUUUUGCGCAUGCUCUGUAUGUGUAGCUCGCAAAGGAAGCCUUUUGCGCAUGCUCUGUAUGUGUAGCUCGCAAAGGAAGCCUUUUGCGCAUGCGUUCUGUAUAUAACGGAGGGAGCAGUGAAAGUGAAUUGCUCAUGCGCUCUGUAUAGAAUGGGAAGCCUUUUGCGCAUGCUCUGUUUAUUACAAGGGAAGCCUUUUGCGCGUGCGCUGUGUGUAUUUACAGCGGUGAGGGAACUACUGCUUCAGAGCCCUUCUGCGCAUGCGCUUUUCCUGAAGUCUGCCCCUUUCCACGCGUGCGCAGUGAGGAAAAAAAAAAAGAUUGGGGCUGUAUGUCUUUCGGGCUGCCUCCUCCUCCGAGUUGGCGCGUGCGCAAUGCAGGGAAGGGGGGAAAAAAAAGGGGCCACGGGAGCGCAUGCGCAGUGGCGGCCGGAGGAGGCGGAGGGAGGGAGGGAUGCGGACGGGGCUAAAAUGGCGGCCUCGUCGAACAACCCGCGGAAAUUCAGCGAGAAAAUCGCUCUCCACAACCAGAAGCAGGCCGAGGAGACGGCGGCCUUCGAGGAGGUCAUGAAGGACCUCAGCCUGACCAGGGCCCACCGGUUACAGCUUCAGAAAAACCAGUAUCUGCAGCUGGGCCAGAGCCGGGGCCAGUACUACGGGGGGUCCCUGCCCAAUGUCAAUCAGAUUGGGAGCAGCGCCAUGGACUUGCCCUUUCAGACUCCGUUCCAGUCCUCGGGCUUGGACACCAGCCGCACCACGCGGCACCACGGCCUGGUCGACCGGGUCUACCGCGACCGCAACCGCCUGGGCUCCCCGCACCGGCGCCCGCUCUCCGUCGACAAGCACGGCAGGCAGGUGGACAGUUGUCCCUACAGCACCGUCUACUUGUCCCCUCCUUCGGAUACCAGCUGGAGAAGGACCAAUUCGGAUUCCGCCCUGCACCAGAGCACGAUGACUCCGGCCCAGGCCGAGCCCUUCUCCGUGGGUUCGCAAGACAUGCAGCAAAAAAGAGUUCUAUUGCUGAGCGUCCCGGGCAUGGAGGAAGAGGCCUCGGAGGCAGACAAGAGCCUUUCCAAGCAAGGCUGGGAGGCCAAAAAGGCGGGAUCCUCCAGGCCAAAGUCCUGCGAAGUCCCAGGAAUCAACAUCUUCCCGUCGGCCGACCAGGAGAACACUACCACGCUGAUCCCGGGCGCUCACAACACGGGCGGCUCUUUGCCGGACCUGACGAACAUCCACUUCCCCUCGCCCCUGCCCACGCCGCUGGACCCCGAAGAGGCCCCCUUCCCCUCCCUGAGCAGCUCCAACAGCACCGGGAACCUGGCCGCCAACCUCACGCACAUGGGCCUCAGCACCGCCAGCCAGGGCAUGACCACCACACAGGCCUCUUCCCAGCAGUCGCUCAACACGGACGGGAGGAGGAACCAGGCCCAGCAGGGCUCGCCCUCCCUCUCGCCCCUCUCGCCCAUCACUCAGGGCCUGCUCACUAGGUCCGGCCUUUUGGAGGAGAUGCUCACUCUGUUCUCCGUCUCGGCCUGCGAUCCUCCCGCCCUCUCCCCGCUGCAGGCCGUGGCCAUGGACGCGCUCUCCCUGGAGCAGCAGCUCCCGCCCUACCCCUUCUUCACCCAGACCAGCCCCACUCCGACCCAGCAGCAGAGCCAGGGCGCCAACGCCGGCCAGGCCAUGCAGACCUCCGGCUUGCAGCGGGGCGUCCAGCUGCCCCCGCUCUCGGUCAGCGUCCCCUCCACCAUCCCCCAGUCGCCGCCCGGAAGCCAGACCCAGACCUCCAUGGGCAUCGACAUCAGUUCGGGCUCCCUCCAGCAGUACCGCAGCAAUGCCGGCUCCCCGGCCAACCAGUCUCCCACUUCUCCCGUCUCCAAUCAAGCUUUCUCUCCUGGAAGCUCCCCCCAACAAACGUCCAUCCUGGGGAGCGUCUUCGGAGACUCCUGUUACGAUCAGCAGAUGACGGCCAGGCAGGCAAACGCCUUGUCCCACCAGGAUUGCUCCUUCCUCCAGCUCGAGCAGUUCAACAUGAUUGAGAACGCCAUCAGCUCCAACAGCCUCUACAGCCCCUGCUCCACCCUCAACUACUCGCAGGCCACCAUGAUGGGCCUCACCGGCAGCCACGGCAGCCUCCAGGACGGCCCGCCUCUCAGCUACACCAGCCACGGAAACAUCCCCAACAUCAUCCUCACAGUGACGGGGGAGUCUCCGCCCAGCCUCUCCAAGGACCUGACCAGCUCCCUGGCCGGGGUCGGGGACGUCAGCUUCGACUCGGAUUCCCAGUUCCCUCUGGACGAACUCAAAAUCGACCCCUUGACCCUGGACGGGCUGCACAUGCUCAACGACCCAGACAUGGUCCUGGCCGACCCGGCCACAGAGGAUACCUUCCGGAUGGACCGGCUGUAGCGGGCGGAGUACUGGCUGAAAAGGAAGGAAGUCAGGAAGAUAGAGAGUUAACGGACAGGAAGGAAGGAAAGAUCGAUCCUAGAAGGCAGAAUAGAGGUAGGAAGAUACAAUUCGAUCCCUCCCGACAGAUAGCCAUGCAGUUCAACCAGAUCACUAUCCAGUUCGCCUUCCUUCUGCCAGGUAGGGACACAACAAUAAUAAUAAUAAUAAUAAUAAUAAUAAUAAUAAUAAUAAUAAUACCUGUGUCCCAGUGCACUUUGUGAAGUUUGCCGGGCAGGAAGACACAAUCCAAGCCCUCCUGACAGAUGGCCAUCUAGCCCCUGUUUCGAAACUUCCUCCUCCUCAUUAUUAUUAUCAGAGAGUAUUAAUAUUAUAAUAUAUCAUAAUAUAAUAUUACAAUUUUAAUGUUAUAAUUAUAACAUUACAAUAUUAAUAUUAUAAUUAUAAUAUUACAAUAUUAAUAUAAUAUUAAUAUAACAAUAAUAAUAUUUUAAUAUUAAUAUUGUAUACAAUAUUAAUAUAACAAUAAUAAUAUUAUAAUAUUAAUAUUGUAAUAUUAUAAUAACCCUAGAGUUUGAAGGGAUUCCUAACAGCCCUCCAUCCUGUCCAGCCUGGAAGACACAAUCCAAGCCCUCCUGACAGAUGGCCAUGUAGCCCCUGUUUCGCAACCUCCAGGAAAGGAGACGUCGUCCUCCUCGUUAUUAUUAUCAGAAUUAAUAUUAUAAUAUAUAAUAUUAUAAUUAUAAUAUUAAUAUUACAAUUGUUUCAAAACCUCCAGGAAAGGAGAUGUUGUCCUCCUCAUUAUUGUUAUCAGAGAGUAUUAAUGUUAUAAUAUAGUAUAAUAUUAUAAUUAUAAUAUUACAAUAUUAAUAUUAUGAUAUUAAUAUUAAUAUUGUAAUAUUAUAAUUAUAUAUAUAUGUGUGUGUAUGUAUGUGUGUGUGUAUAUAUAUAUAUAUAUAUAUAUAUGCAAUUGUUUCAAAACCUCCAGGAAUGGAGACGUCGUCCUCCUUAUUAUUAUUAUCAGAGAGUAUUAAUAUUACAAUAUAGUAUAAUAUUAUGAUUAUAAUAUUACAAUAUUAAUAUAAUAUUAAUAUUGUAAUAUUAUAUAUAUAUAUAUUAUAUUAAUAUUACAAUUGUUUUGAAACCUCCAGGAAAGGAGACGUCGUCAUUAUUAUUAUUAUUAUUAUCAGAGAAUAUUACUAUUAUAAUGUAUAUUAUAUAAUAUUAUAAUAUUAUAAUACAUAAUAUUAUAUAUAAUAUUUAAUAUUAUAUAUUAUAAUCUUAUAUAAUAUAUUUUAAUAUAUUAUAUAUAUAACAUAAUAUAUAUAAUAUAUUAUAAUAUAUUAUAUAUAUUAUAUAUAUAUUAUAUAAUAUAUAUAUAAUAUAUAUAAUAUAAUAUAUUAUAUAACAUUAUAAUAUUAUAUUAUAUUACAAUAUUAAUAUUAUAAUUAUAAUGUUACAAUAUUAAUAUCAUAUUCAUAGUACAAUAAUAAUACUAUAUUAUUAAUAUUAUAAUAUUAUACAACCCUAGAGUUGGAAGGGACUCCCAACGGCCCUCCAUCCAGUCCAGGCUGGGGGGCACCAUCCGAACCCUCCCGGCAGAUGGCCAUCUGGAGACUGGUUGAAACAUUGCUGUCAUACCUUUCAGUCCGUAUUUAUCGUAACCUUUUAGCCGUUAGAGAUGUCCAGAGUUGUCCGCAUUGGGAAAUUUUCGGCCUUGGCGCAUUUCUCCCCCCGGUUGUUACGCUUCUUGGCUGACGGUUCGAAACCACUCUCCCGUUUUUGGGACUGCGCAUCGUUGUUUUCUAUCGAACCCCGAGGACUCGUGGAAUGAUUUUCACCGAUAUAUGCAAAUCCUACCGUUUUAUUCGGGGUGGGUGUGGGUGGGGGGGGGGGUAUCGCUCGAGGUAAACUCCCCGAAGCUUAAUUUAUUGUGGCUUUUCUCUCUCUUGGCAACAAAAUAUAUAUAUAUAUAUAUAUACAAGGAACCCCCGAAAGUGGCUUUGUAAGCAUUGCGCGUGUGUGUUUCGUUCCUUUUUUAUUUUCGCGACGAUGUGGGGGAAAAAAAGCAGUGUAUGUACAUUCUUUUCGAUAUAUUAUUAUUAUUAUUAUUUUGGUCCGUUUCCUUUUUGUUGUUGUUGUUUUUUUUCUUCUCGAUCUCCCCACCUUUUUGUCUUUGUAACUUUGCAUUCUUUGUAAAUGACAUGUAAUAAAGUCCAGCUGUUUUUCUCUC